AUGACUGUUCCGUCUAGUAAAAGUUACCAUUCAAACGGAAACGGAAUUGGAACUGGUCUCGACGGGUUCGACGACGAGACAGAUUUCCGACCGCUUCGUAAUCGUGGUAGUAUCGUGAAAAGCUAUAUUGAGAGCAGUGGCAGUGAUAUCAGUGACGAAGACGACUCUGACAGUAUAGCAAACACCCGAAACCGUCGGAAUAGGCUAUCUGGUAAGGCCGGUAGUAAAAACAAAGACAGUAGUGACAGUGACACGUCAGGGAAUGGGUCAGAGUCUUUGACUACAGCGGCCUCUUUCCCAAUCAGACUCAAGAUAGGUACCAAAGCAGCUAAGCUUAUUGAGAUGAGAAACCUGCGAUCUCGUCGUCAGAUCGAUGACGAUGAUGACGAUGGUGUUGAGGAGAAUCAUUCUGGAAAUGGGUAUAUUAACGACGAGGAUGAAGAUGGGGAUAUCAGUCUAAGUCGGAGUCGUAGCAAGAAAAAAGAUUAUAAUGAAGACAAAGACGAUGAGGAUGAAGAAGAGGAUGUGGACGAGGAUGAGGAGGAUGACGAAAGCGAGAAAAAUAAAGACGACGAUGACUAUGAAGACGCUAUAAUUCCUCGAAGACGACAUUCUCGGAAAUCAAUCAACUCAUCGUCAGCAACUGCAAGUAAAAGUACGAAAUCAACUAGUCGAUCGAAUAAUAGAAGUAGAAGGGGGAAUAUUGAUGACGAUGAGGACGAGUAUCAUGAACUAGAAGAAGACGACGAAGAAAACGACUCGGACGAGGACAAUUCUGGUUCUGAUAGCGAAGACAGUUUUGAGAAGUCACGCAAACGCAACCAGGAUCGCGGGUUUAUAGUGUCGGAUGAUGACGAGUCUGAAUCGUAUAAACGCAAGAAAAGGCGCCAAAAAAUGGCUAAACGAGCCAAGAAAGUUGCUGCUAGUAGAAGCAGUAGAAGCCGGUCUCGACGAAGACGAGUUGAUGACGACGAUGACGAGGAGUCGGAAUACGAAUCGGAUAAUGGCCAACCAGAAGCUGAAGAAGAUGAGAUUGCUAAUCUUCAGGAAGAAUUGCGCGAACUACGUGAAUCUGCUACACCACCUCCUGAACCAGUGAGAAAACUUCAGCUUCGAGAACGAAAAGAAGUCAACUACCAGAUUUUACCACCACCAUUACCAGACGAGUCUUUUGAGACGGUAGCAGUGUCUCCCGGUCGCAAUACGCGGCGAAGAGGUGCUGGUACAGGUCCUAUCCGAAGACUGUUUCCUACCACAGGACCAUUUGGAGGAAACGACGUGGUCUCUGUAUUCGGAUCGGGUCCUGGUGGUAUAGGAGCAGCAGCCGGAGCUGGUGGUCUAGGAAACUUCCCUGGUCUUCCAAACGUUUUAGGUGCUUUAGGAGGUCCUGGGGGCAGUGGUACAGGCGGAGGGCCUAAUGAUCCGACGGCGCUGAUUGACUCUGAUUCCAGUGAUGACGAGUUGAUUGGGGCUGGAGGAGCUGGCACCGCAGGAGCUGCCGGUGGCGCAGGAAAGUCGAAAAACAAUGCCACUGGCGUGUCGCAGUUUGGCAUCGUCAAGCCUAAAAAGCCCGGUCUUGCUGACGCCGACCCGCUAGGAAUUGAUACCGAUAUCGACUUUUCGGCCGUCGGUGGUCUGGACAAUUAUAUUGACCAACUGAAAGAAAUGGUCACCCUGCCACUUCGGUAUCCGGAAAUAUAUCAACGAUUCGGCAUCACUCCUCCACGAGGUGUAUUAUUUCAUGGACCUCCCGGUACUGGUAAGACCCUCAUGGCCCGAGCACUAGCCGCUAGCAGUGCUAAAGAAGGCAAAAAAAUCACCUUUUUCAUGCGGAAAGGUGCCGACUGUCUAUCGAAAUGGGUUGGUGAAGCUGAGCGACAGCUGCGAUUAUUGUUUGAAGAAGCCAGGAACCAGCAACCAUCGAUUAUUUUCUUUGACGAAAUCGACGGUCUUGCCCCAGUAAGAUCAUCCAAACAAGAACAAAUCCACGCUUCCAUUGUAUCAACUUUACUAGCAUUGAUGGAUGGUAUGGACAAUCGUGGCCAAGUAAUUGUUAUUGGUGCGACAAAUCGACCUGACUCGGUCGACCCAGCACUUCGUCGUCCCGGCCGUUUCGAUAGAGAGUUCUACUUCCCUCUGCCUGAUCUCGAAGCAAGGAAAAAAAUCAUCUCCAUCAACACCAAAAAAUGGGAUCCUCCACUGAAACCCGAGUUCAUUGAUCACGUUGCUGGACUCACGAAAGGGUACGGAGGUGCUGACCUGCGUGCUCUGUGUACUGAGGCUGCUCUAAACGCGAUCCAGCGGAAAUACCCUCAAAUUUUCAUGUCCAACGAAAAACUUCUACUCGACCCGCAAUCCAUCCAUGUAACUCCUGUGGAUUUCAUGAAAUCCGUUGACAAGAUCAUCCCUUCGUCUGCUCGUUCGACUUCAUCCGGUGCCUCUCCUCUACCCACCAGAAUCGAACCUCUGCUUGGCGAGCCACUCAAAAGCAUCAUUCACAAACUCGAUAACCUACUCCCUCGCACCAAAAAGCUCACUCCCCUCGAAGACGCUCUCUACGAAGAGAUCCCGGACCCCGAUGGCGGGUUUGCCAGACAGGAAGCCCUCAAAAGUAAGUACUUUCCGUUGUCGUAUUGCCUCCGGCGGCUGGGGCUCCGCCCCAGACCCCGCUGCUCCUCUUGCUUCGCUCGAGUCGGGCUUCGGGAAUCGGACUCGUUGAUUGGAUUGCUAACUGUUUAG